UAGAUGACGCAAUAGCUCCCCGCCUUCAUGGCGUUUGAAAAGGAAACAACAAGUCGCCACUUUGCAGUUCGCCUGAACUUUUCGUCAAACUAUGAAAUUAUUAUGAUAAUGAAAUAUCGCUGGUAAACGAAGUUUAAUCCGAACGGUUUCCCGCGACACAACUCGUAGACCCAAAUGGAACGUUCCAACUGGCGCAGACUGAUGACGAAGUCGUCGCGCGGGCAAAUUGGCGAGAGCCGACAAAUUUGAGAUUGUGGAAGAGCUGCAAAAAGCAUCAGCGAUUUGUGAAGUUGGACGAGAUGUUCUCUUUGCGGCAGCUAGACCUUCACCCGAGGAUCAUCGGCGCCCUCAACAAAGCUGGCAUUCGUUCGGUGCGAGACGUCUUGCGCGUGUCAGCUCCGGACCUGCAGAGGUUGACUUCCUUGUCGGCCGGCGAUGUGCGGCACCUCCUGACGGCCGCCGCCCUGCACUGCCGGCCCCGCCGCCCGCUGCCAGUUUUGAAGGCGGAGGAGACCGGCGUGACCCUUAGCUUGGGCUGCCCCCUGUUGGACAGGCUGAUGAGGGGCGGUCUUCCCGUAGGGGCCGUGACCGAGCUGUCCGGAGAGAGCGGCGUGGGGAAGACCCAGCUGGCUCUGCAGCUCUGCCUCUCGGUGCAGUACCCGGCCCGCCACGGGGGUCUGGACUCAGGCGCCGUCUUCGUGUGCACAGAGGACGCAUUUCCAGGCAAACGUCUGCGGCAGCUGAUCGGCGAACAGCCGCGGCUUCGCCCCGACCUCCCCGCGGACGUGACGUCCGGCCCGGGCUUCGGCGACCGCGUUUACGUGGAGCACGCCCCCGAUCUGGCGUCGCUGCAGCAGUGCCUGAGGCGACGCGUGGCGCUCUUGCUGGCCCGCGGCUUGGUCCGCUUCGUGGCCAUCGACUCGGUGGCGUCGCUCUUCCGCUCUGAGUUGGGGCCGGCCGAUUGGCAGGAGAGGAGCAAGGAGCUGAUGGCGCUCUCGGCCACCCUGCGCCACCUUUGUCAGCAAUAUAAUCCUGCCGUGCUCUGCAUCAACCAGGUGACCGACAUCUUCAGCGGCUCCCAAGAAUAUUCGGGUCCUUCUUGGUCCGACGUGUGCCCGGCGCUGGGCUUGGCCUGGGCCAACCAAGUGACUGUUCGGCUGAUGUUGCGACGCCUGGGUCGGACGGUGAGCCGGGGCGGCCGCGACAGCGCCCUCCGGAGGCUGGAGGUGGUCUUCGCGCCUCACCUGCCCCGAGCGGGACGCCACGCCGCCGUGUGGAAGGAGGGCGUCCGAGGACUGGAGGGCGACGACUGACCCGCCCGGACUUUUACAUUUGCCCUGGACAGCAAUAGAUGUCCAAUCCAUUUGGACUUGAAGGGUCGGCACGUCUGUCAGGCGUCCACAAGUGAUAAACUCAUAGUAAGGAGAGCGCACCAAUUUAAAUGAAUUUUAUUUUUUUAACUCAUCAGCUGCUGUUGACGCUGCGAGAUGUCCAAAUCGUUUGAAGCGGGAGGGUUGAAUGGGACCUUUAUUGGCUGCCAAUGAGUUAACAAUACUUAAACAGUCUUACAAAAAGUCUUGAAAACAAAAAUACAAUGCAAUUCAGUGCAAUAGCAGAGAGCAAGGACAGGUUUGUUUACGUAUCAACCACAAGAUGUCACCGUUGCACUUUCAACCCUCUUGCAAGGGCUGGUUAAAAUAUGGAUACUUUCUUUUGUAGCACUCUUAUUAGCCAUGUAAAAAAAGAUUAGCGGGAGGUCUUCCAGGUUUAUAAAGCGCUGGCUGAAACCCUGCUUUAGCCCAAUAAAGUUCCAUGAAAAGAAAAGAAUUCCCUGGACUUUGCGGUGCGAUGAAAUCUGACUCGAUUCUUCUUUUUCGACUUAAAUUUGAAGGUCAUCUACGUUGUAUUUACUCAUUCCUUGAGUCAAAUUUUUACAUUCAAAGUUGGUGACUGCUGUGGCCGAGGCUAGCCGUAACUCUUUGAGCGCUAAACUGACCCUUCUUGAACACAGUAGCUAUGUUUUGUCCCACUCAGAGGCCAGUUCCGUCACAAGCUUGCGAAAAGGCCAUUCCAAUUUGGAGGACGUUCCUCUCACGCACUCCUAAUUCCUCCGGAUCUGGACCGGAGGGCGGCGUACCGGGACCUAGGAGUCCCGAAUACGAGGAGUCGGGCCGGCGCCCGAUCGACUCGCUAAACACACGGCGUUUUGCAAGUUAGUUUUUGGGCCGCAAACACGUUGACUAAAGCCUGUUUUGCGUCGCGUGCGUUCACAAGGUGACGGAAGCUUCCCGGUGCAGCAGGAAUCGGAUGAGCGUUCCGGGAAGCG